GGUUAUUAUUCUUUCGCAUUGUGGAAGUUAAUUAAGUUCUCCCAAUUCCAAGUAGUCCCAAUCACAUGUUUAAUUAUUGAUCGGAUUUAGCAAUAUACAGAUGGAUAGAUAUAAUUAUUAGUUUUUUAAUACUCCGUAUCUAUAUAUUCUUGAUCGAGAAUUGAAAGAAAAUUGGGGGAGCACACAUAUAUAUAUAUAUAAGAGAUAGGCCGGAUGGAAUGGAUCAUCGAUCGGAGGAAAGGAUGGAGAAGUACGAGUUGGUGAAAGAAUUGGGGAGUGGGAACUUUGGGGUGGCUAAGCUCCUCCGUCACAAGCACACCAAGGACCUUGUCGCCAUCAAAUACAUUGAACGCGGCCCUAAGAUUGAUGAAAAUGUGGCCAGGGAAAUCAUCAACCAUAGAUCGCUGCGCCAUCCCAAUAUUAUACGCUUCAAAGAGGUAGUAUUAACACCAACACAUUUGGCCAUAGUGAUGGAGUAUGCAGCUGGUGGAGAACUGUUUGAUCGCAUCUGCCAAGCUGGCCGUUUCAGUGAGGAUGAGGCUAGGUACUUCUUUCAGCAAUUGAUAUCUGGUGUUAACUUCUGUCAUUCAAUGCAAAUAUGCCAUAGAGAUUUGAAGCUGGAAAACACACUACUAGAUGGAAGUCGAGCACCCCGGCUUAAGAUUUGUGACUUCGGAUACUCAAAGUCGUCGGUGUUGCAUUCAAUACCAAAGUCUACGGUCGGAACACCCGCUUAUAUAGCACCCGAGGUUCUUUCUCGCAAAGAAUACGACGGCAAGUUGGCAGAUGUAUGGUCAUGCGGAGUAACUCUGUACGUGAUGCUAGUUGGAGCAUACCCCUUCGAAGACACUAAUGAUCCCAAAAAUUUUAGAAAAACCAUCACAAAAAUAAUAAACUUGCAGUACAAUAUUCCAGACUACAUUCAUAUAUCCAAAGAUUGCAGGCAUCUUCUUUCUCGCAUAUUUGUCACCAGUCCUUCCCGGAGAAUCACAAUAAAUGAGAUAAAGAACCACCCAUGGUUCUUGAAGAACUUACCCAGAGAGCUCACUGAAUCAGCUCAAGCAAUCUAUUACCAAAGGAACAGCACAACCUUUUCCGGUCUGCAAAGCAUCGAUGACAUCAUGAAAAUCGUGGAGGACGCAAGGAGUCCACCUACCAUGUCUCGGACCGUCUCAGGCUUCCCCUGGGGGGAUGAAGAUGUAAACAGCAAAGACGAAGUACUAGUUGACGAGGAAGAUGAGUAUGAGAAGCAUGUAAAGCAGGUUCAUGCAAGUGGGGAAUUUCGCAUCCCCCAAGCCAAUUGAUUACUCUUCAGACAAUGUUACCUCUGCAUGUAUCCCCACUGUCAUUGAUUCAUUUCAUGUGAUGUGUUGGUUUUAUAAAGAAGGGCGAAAGUUGGGGGAUAUGUUAAAGUGAUACUUGCGAUGAACUAAAAAAUAUCCUUCUAA